CUAAAAUAGAAAAUAUCUCGUAUGCUAUUUAAUCAUCUCCAUAAUCUUAGGGAGACUAAGAUAUUGGUGAGACGUGUUGAUGUUCCCUAAUGUGAGAGUACGAAACUCUUCCAUAGGAAAGAACCGAAGCAAGGCCAGAAGUACCUGAUGCAGAGGCAAAGCGGAACUUUCGGCUCCCAUAUAGUUGGCAUAUAACCUCGCAAUCAUGAGGCCGAGGUUAUGUCUAGCAUUGAAAGCUUUGACCGCACCUUAACUUACAGGACAUCAACACAGUUGUUCUCCAACAAUGUCAUCUCCAGCUACAGCGGACCCGCACCGACCGUCUCUAACAGCAUCGCCGCGAACUGAUCUUCUCCCUUCCCUAUUUAACCAUAGUGAUGAAACAAUAGAGGACGAUCUUCAGCAUAGUAAAGACUCCGGAGACACACGAAGUCGAGAACCGCCGUUCGACUACAUCGAGCCAAAAAAUGGUUCUCUACUACCGCCUCCGGGCUUUACACCGUUUUUUACUAUGAUUAUGGAUGUGGAGAGUGGAGAAACAUACCAUCCUAGCACAUAUUACAUAUUUGCAGAUGAUGAACCGGACAUGCUAAGUUCUGCAGCUUUGCAAGCUUUAGAUUCGUACUUACCUCAUGUUCGGGAAGAGUUGGAUGUUGGGGCACAAAAAUUAAAAUCAAUAACUGAGGAGGAGAGGAUCAUUCUUGUAUCACUUAAUCCAGAAGGCAAUAACGUUAUGAAUGCAACGAGCCUUGCUCCGGACUGGACGAUUACAAAUGCUGAGAUCAGACCUGCACCUACAUUUGAUGGCAAUGAGGAGCAAAGCGGCGAUGGUUUGAUGCUCAUGAUCGAGGGUUUGGGGUCUUCUGCAACCUCAAGCGCUCAGGCCGUUACCGACCGGAGGGAGAGACGCAUUAAGGCGAAAGAUUUGUUUGAGGAGAUGAGACGGAAAGGGGGAGGCAGUAUAAUUAGCAUUAUGGAAGAUCUAGCACAAGGAAUGAUUUAUAAUAUGCGCACACUAGAUAAAGUAACGAGUUGGGGUUGAUUUAUACUGAUACUUUACUUUUAGCUAAAUUAGUAUAGAGUAAGGCAAGUAUAGGAUAAUUAUA